AUGUUCGCUCCCGGCCAGGAACAGCUCUCUAAGGAGCAAAUUAGAGCUGGUGAGCAGGAGGCUAAGCAGACGAUCCAUGCCGCGAUUACCGGUGGGAUUCUUCUGUAUCUCUCUCCCUUCGCUGUCGAUUUCGUCAAGAAGUUCCUUUAA